UUUACUCUAACGAUUGAUUUUUCUCUUGGAUCAUCUUCUCUAGUCACUGAGUUUUCAUUGGAUUUGAUCUGUUUUGAUUAUUUCUGGUUGUGUUUUUACUGAGUUUCAGUGUUGCAUGUUCAUCGGUGAUGGCUUCUGCUUGCGUUAACAACAUCGGAGUUCCGCCUGAGAGUUUCCUCGACUAUCCUCAAACUUACACGUCGUACGGAUGGUUGAGCCCUAGAAUUUCUUUCAGUCGUGAUUUCCCUGACGAAGAAUCAAAUAAGAAGACGUCUUCAGGCGCAGAACAACCAGUGAAAUUGCCGGAGAAACAAGAUCUAGAAGCUCCGGUGAAAGACAUCGGAGAUUUUGAGUUCAGACUCGAAGAUCCAGUAACAAUGCUCCCGGCGGACGAGCUCUUCUUCGAUGGGAAGCUUGUUCCUCUGCAGCUCACAACGGUUCGUCCUUCUGUUGCUUCAGGUACUACGGAGACGUUGGGUGAGAUCAGGUCGCCGGAGACGGCGAAAUCGCGCCGGAGAGCUGAGGUAUCUGGGACGGAUCCGUAUCUGUUCUCUCCUAAGGCGCCGAGGUGUUCAAGUAGAUGGAGAGAGCUUCUCGGGUUGAAGAAGCUGCAGAGCAAUCACGCUAAGCAGGAUUUACAGAAGUCUGCCUCGUCUUUCGCUUCUUCGAAGCUCACUAACCCUAAGUCUUUGAAGCAUUUCCUGCACAGGAACUCGAAAUCUUCUUUAACUGGUGCGGAUUCUUCGUUGAGUCUCCCGUUGCUGAGAGAUUCUGAUUCAGAAUCUGUUUCUAUUUCUUCCCGCCUUUCGCUUUCUUCUUCGUCUUCUUCUGGCCCUGACCACGAAGAUCUCCCAAGGCUUUCCCUGGAUUCGGAUAAACCAAAUCCAAGCCAAACAAUUUUUCUAAACAAAAACCCUCCGAGGCUUAGAAUAGCAAAGCCAGCGACGGUGAUAACUGCCAGUGCCAUUGCCGGCGAGAACGUUAGGCCUUUUGCUGCCGAGUAUCCUCCGGUGAGAGUCGGACGGAGCCCGAUUCGGAGAGCACCAGAUUCAACCACCAUUCCUGCUAGAGGAGUCUCCGUCGACAGUCCUCGGAUGAACUCUUCUGGUAAAAUCGUGUUCCAGAGCUUGGAGAGGAGCUCAAGCAGUCCGAGCAGCUUCAAUGGUGGUCCGAGGAUUAAGAACAGAGGAAUGGAAAGAUCUUAUUCUGCAAAUGUCAGAAUCACCCCUGUUCUAAACGUUCCGGUUUGUUCUCUUCGUGGAUCGUCGAAGUCUGGUUCUGUCUUUGGAUUUGGGCAGUUAUUUUCUUCUCCUCAGAAGAGAGAUGGAACAUCCACUAAAAGCCACACCAACAGACAUCGCACAGACCGGAAUUGAUUUAGUUUCGGAUUAUUCUUCAGGUAACAUUUUGCAAUUUUGCUCUUUG